AUGUUGGGCACAUGCUCCGGCGACAUCGCUGUGUUGGGCCGGUGCUGCGUGCUGUUCUGCUCGGUUGCCACGUAUGUCCUGAUCAUGGUCCAUUGCUACAAUGAUGUGCCGGCAUUCAGGGCGCUGUUGGCAACCUUCGUUCUCACAGGAGCAGAUUUGCUCCCGAAGAUUUGCCAUGAGGCCCACGAAGACAUCAUCGACUGGGCCUUUGGCAGCUUGCUCUUACUACUCGGCUUGCUAACUGAAUCUCAGCAGUUGCUCUCCGAAGACGUCAGCAUGGGGCUCAUCACAGGGGCGGCCGCCAACAUCUACAAAAAGAUUGCGCUCCUUCUGAUUUGCACCAGUGAGUUUCGUAGCGCUUUCCGCACCUCAAUCAUGCGGUUCUUCCACGGCUCAGUGCAGGGCACACAGGGCCUCACGGCACCGCUUUUGGACAGCGUUUGA